GCCUGCUGUGAGAGCGAGAUCUGCACAAGAAAAGGAAGACACAAACACAAAACGUCAAACCCUUACAUAACUCCGGAGCAAUAAUUCUGACAUAACUCGCGAAUCGACGGAGCGCGCGCCAGCUGGACACACGGGACGGAACGACUUUCAUUCAUAAUUAUACACGGCACACGUGUGCGAGAGCGUGUGUGACACAGUGAGAAACUCUCCUGGGAGAGCCGCGGACACUGCUCUGGACAUCGAGGAAGUUGAGCACAGGGUUUCAGUUCUAUCUACUCGGCGCUGGCGAACGCAACCGUUCCGAAGGAUGUUCGAGGACCGCCGCGUUAGGAAGGACACAAUUUAGAAAUUUUAUUCCUUCUUGGUUCUGGGAAUUGGUCGGAUCGAUGUGGCUGGUGAGCGGAUAGUGGCAAGGCUCGCAUCAGGAAGUCCGUCAGGAAUCAGGAUCAACUUGGAUUACACAAAGUGCAGAGAAGAAAGAAGGUCGAUUCCGUGCCACCACUACCGACCCCACGGGUCAAUAAUACCUAUAGUUGUGCAUGUGUGUUGUGAUAUAAGAAGAGUUCCUUGAACUGGACGGGGGUUCUCCAGGAAGAUUCAGGAUACACGAUAGGAUAAUCGCUCGUCAAUUGGUGGAAUUGAACCAGAGGUACACCACCGCGUAGUACAGAUGGCUUUGGCCAGGUGCUGCUUCUGCUACUGCUAAGGAACGACGAAAAAAUCGUCGCCCCCUCCCCCCUGGGUCCCUCCACUGCGGUCAGCAGUGGGUAUCCUGCCGUCGCCGCCGCUGCAGCAAAAUCGCCAGCAGAGGAACAACAUGUCGCACCACACAAACGGCAAGGAUGGAAGUAGUUCAGGCAAUACAAACACCAAAGACUCGGCAUCAGCGUCCGGUGCCAGCGCGAUGGGUCCCCCGCCACCUCCGCCGAUGGUGGUGGCGUCCAACGGAAUCCAUCUGCAGGAGCACUCGUGCGAGAUUUGCGGCAUGUCCGGGCUGUCGGACGACGCAAUGCGAGAUCACACACGCCAGUGCCAUGUCGAAGGCUGUGCCCAGUGUCCGUUUUGUGGACUGAGUGGCGUUCCGGCGGCCGAACUGCUGCUGCACGUAAAUCAGGCCCAUCUGGACUAUCUGACACCGGAGAACGAGCUGAUGAGUUUUAUCGACGAUCAGACGCCCAGUGUCGACGGGGAUUCGGACUCGAUUUCGGACUGUCGCGGGUUAUCGCCUUCGAUUACGUCCGAGCUGCUGACACCGGUUUCAAACGUGAACGGGAAGGUUGCGAGCAACGGUGGGAACUCGACGACGUUGUACCAUUUUAAUGGCGCGGCCAGUUCCAGCAAUCAUAAGAUAAGUUCUUCGAUGAGCACGAGCAUGAGUAGCAGCCGGUCCAGCGUCGGAGGUGGGAAUCAGACAAAUGGUUUCUACAACGGGGCAGGCAUGAUGAGUAUGAGCAGCGGAAGUACCAGUAGCAGUAAUGGCGGUGGACUGUUUCCGAGCGGAAGUAAGCAGUGUCCUGAGGUGACGAUAACGUCGACAACUACGAGUAGUACAAGCAACAACAAAAGCUGUGAUAUGGGCAUGACGAACGGUGCUAGCAAAGAGGUGGUGAUGAACGGAGGUGGCGCCGGUUGUACGAGUGGCGUCGUUGCUAGCGGAAGUGGCACCAGUAGCAAUGGGACGACUGUGACUACCGGUGCCGGUGGGCAAGGAUCUCCACUGCGGUCUCAGCUGGGACUUAAGCUGAAAUCACACAAACCGAUUACCACAACCACUACCAAACCUAGUCCGUUGCAGUGUCUGCUGUGUCCUUACACGACCGAAAACCCGAGCGUCCUCGAGGAGCAUAUAAACCGAUCGCACUUUGACCCGCUGAGUCCAAGCAUAAACAACGGCGACGGAGCCAGUGGUCAUUCCCACGUGGACACGCUUAGCGCCCUGCAAUGUCCCAUUUGCGCGCGAACCUUCGAGUCUGGUUCCGACCUGGAAUUGCACGUCAACAUCGAACACCGCGACAUCCUGAGUCCGGCCAAAGCGGAUCGACAGCCAAACGGCGGUGGAACGCCAUCGGCCGCAGCUGCCACAGUCAACGGUUGCCUGACCGGGAGUUUGUGUCCGGUUUGCGGCAUUUCCUUCGAUAACAUGAAAACUGCCGAAAUGGAGAUCCACAUCGAGAAGCACUUUAGCAAGAGUCCGCAGAACCCGAGUGCAGCCGGUGUAGAUCAACCUGAUUUGGAAAAGCAAGCUCAGAAGUUGCGGGAGCAGCGAGAGUUUGAGAUGCUGAGGGCUCAGUAUGGAAUGGAUGACCAGGGCAACUUCCGGGAACAGUCUGCUGCGGCAAUGCAACGAGCCGUUUAUGCCGGGGAAAUGAGCGUCGCCGAUUACUACGAACGGCAGGUUGGCCUGAGGGCGGCCGAGUCCCACGGCGUUGACGAUGGAUCGUCCUGCACCAAGUCGGUUUCGCCGCGGGUACUAGCCCUUUCCGCGUCCUCGCCGAACGUGCUGAAAACGUACGUCUGCUCGAGCGUUGAUCAUUACGCGUCCAGCUACGGCGACAAGGGCUGGGGUUGUGGCUACCGGAACUUGCAGAUGAUGCUGUCGUCACUGUUACAGAACACCGCCUACAACGAAGCUCUCUACUCGGCGUGGGGAUCGCACGGUCCAGCCCGAACGGCGAUGCCAAGUAUUUCAAGGCUGCAGCGGAUGGUUGAGGCCGCCUGGGCACAGGGCUUCGACGUUCAGGGUUCGGAGCAGCUGGGCUGCAAGCUGUACAACACGCGCAAAUGGAUCGGCGCCACCGAAAUCGUCACCGUGCUGUCCUGGCUGCGGAUCCGCUGUGAGCUGGUGGACUUUCACCGGCCAACCUCCCCGGACGGACGCCACCCGGAGCUGUUCAACUGGGUGCUGCGAUACUUUGAGGAACCGCGAAUCCACACGCCACCGCUGUACCUGCAGCAUCAGGGUCACUCCCGCACCAUCAUCGGCAUCGAGCAGCGCACCUCUGGGCUGUCGCUGCUGGUGCUCGAUCCGAGCCACGGGCCGCGCCAGGUUGCGGCGCUCGGGUCCUCGCAGGACUCGCUGCGGUUGAUACGGAAAAAUUCCGCUGCCAUGAGGGCGCCGCAGUACCAGGUGGUGGCGGUGAAGGGGCUCAUCGAAACCGAGGAGCAGUAUCAGGCUAGUAAAAUUUUGCGAUCCCACAGAAUCCCGCCCGACCGUUGACGUGCUCCAGUCGGUUACACGACGAUACUUGUUCAAUUUACGCUAAUUUGAGAAUUUUAUCUUUAUUGAUUUUACUUAGCCUAGAUGAAAAUUAAUUAGCUAACAUUUAGAAAUGUACGAUCGGGGAGGAGGAAGGAGGACGCGUGAAGUAAUCGAAAUUUAACAUACAAAGAGUGAAAACAGCAAAACAAAACAAAAAAAAACUAUUCCUACAAAACGCAAGUACCAAAUUCACCCCCUCUUACUCUAACACCGAAAAUACAAGCAACACAAGCUAAACACAACUUGACUCAAUUAGUCUUAUUCUAAAAUACACACACACAAACGCAAACGCAAGUACCGCAAUGAACUUAAGACGUAGUUAUUCUCUCUUGCUAGUUACCACAGAUAUUAGAUUGAUCAGUUUUGCAGUCACCACAAAUCCUCACCUCAUAUGCCAUGCCCUCCCUUCCUUAUUAGCAGCAGUUCCAAGCUUUCGCUCUCUGUCAAGCUCUCGAAUUAGGAUGAAGAAUUAAAAGUAAAAGUAAAAAAAAAACAACGGUACAUUUUGCUCAGCACUGAAUGUCGAUUGCAUUACUAACCAAUAAUCAAAAAGAAACAAAAAAUAAACGCGAUAUGAUCGAAUAGAACAAACUAAAAAAAAAGUUUAAGGUAAACACAAAACAUAAACUAAUAAACUGCUCGCCUUCGAA